UCAUCCUGAACAUGCUGUUCAGCUAUCCCUGCAGCUUUCCCAGAGCUGCAUAGCUGCCAGGGACAGCUUGCGGACUGUCGCUACCCUUCAGGAUAAGGUGGCUCGUCUGCAAAAGGACAAUUUGAGCCACCAAGCUAAGCUAGAGAGGGAGAAACAGUCUCGGCUGGAUGCUGAGAGCAAGUUAGCUGCUGAGCAAAAAUUAAUGGAGAAAGAGAGGCAGGAAAAAGAUGAAAAGAUAGCUGAGGCGGAGAAAGAAAAUGCGGGCCUGAACACAGUUGUCAGAGAUGCUGAAGAAAGGGUUUUAGAUGUUCAGGCUGAGGCAAAAAUUAUUGAAACUGCGAAGCUGGCAUACCUGAUAAAAUUCAAGAAGCUGGACGACAAGGGUAUCAACUUUUAUAUCGACAGGUUCCUCAAGCUGGACUCGAUGGCUGCCUUGGAGGCCCUAGCUACUGGUGGAAGGCAGAUGAUUCAGAACAAUCUACAGCUGGAUCUCCUCCACUGCUUAACCAGCCAGAAGGUGCCGCUCCAGCUAGCAAAGACGAAACUGUUGGUGAUGAUGCCAGCGUAG